ACAGCUGCUGUGCCUGUCUACAAUUGGAAAAAUGUCCUCAACAUUAAUUAAAUGUUUAAGCUUGGCUAAAACUGUGGGAGCAGUCACGUUUAGAAAUGUGCUAGCAACGUCACACAACCAUUUGACGGCAUGGAGCCCGGCAGCUGUCGGAGGUCUUUUAAAAUGCGGCAUGCACACAACAAGCCCAAUGCGGCAGGAAAGACUUAUGGAGUUUUUUGAUGAUCCCAAGCAUUGGACCGAGAACGAGGUAAAAGUUGGGCGUGCCUGGAAAACCGAUGAGCUGCGAAUUAAAUCCAAUAAGGAGCUGCACCAGUUGUGGUACGUAUUGUUAAAGGAACGAAACAUGCUGUUUACUAUGGAACACGAAUGCAACGACAAAAUGGAAAUAUUUCCAAAUCCUGAACGUAUCGAUAAGGUGAAAAUCUCAAUGGAGAACCUGGAAACUGUUGUCCGGGAGCGCAACAAGGCUUAUCAUCUGCUCGAAACCGGUGAGACAGGUGAACGUCCAAAGAAACAGGUGCAUAAUGCAUUUGGCUUGCGAUCCACAUACAAAACUUGCGAGCACGCGUUGCCGCCUUACAUGAAUACAAAGUGGAUUAAAUCGCGGCAUUUGAGUUACGGCGGACGCGCUGUGCAUAAAUUCCUUCUGCAAUACCGGGAGAAGCUGUACAAUGUUAAGCGCAAGGCCAAAAAUCGCUCACGCAAUGAGGUUAUGAUGAUGCUGCGACGCAAUCCCAACAUUGACUUGCAGAUGUUGAAACGCAAAUUCCCAGAUGUCGACGUCGACAAGCUGCUGAGCAAUGAUAAAACUCGUGGUCAUUUCGUACCCAAGGUGGACGUCUAAAAUUGCCAUUUCUUGGUCACACUUAAAAUAAACGUAACUUUAACAU